AUGUCUACCCCCAUUCCCAAGCCUAAAGGGCUCCCGAUUUUGGGAAACUUGUUCAAUCUCGAUGGGAAUAAUCCUUGGGCUUCGUUCAAUAAGCUGGCUUUGACUAAUAAGGACUUCCGUCCCAUCUUCAAAAUCAGCAUCCUCGGACACGACAUCGUCUUCGUGACAGGCGCCGCCCUUCUAGAAGAAAUCUGCGACGAGAAGCGAUUCCGCAAAUGCGUCGCAGGCCCCAUCAUCGAGAUCCGCGCCGCCGUGCACGACAGCCUCUUCACAGCGAAACAUGACGAGAUGGAGAUGUGGGGUAUCGCCCACCGCAUCAUGGCGCCACUGGCAACCCCCGAAGCAACCGCCCUCCUAUACAGCGGCAUCCGCGAAACAUCCGCCGACCUAAUCAAGAAGUGGACAGCAGGCCCGCGCCAACGCGUCCACAUCACCAACGACCUGGACCGACUCAACCACGAAGCCAACACGCUCUGCUUCUUCGACAAACGCGUCCACUGCAUGGAAGGCCCCGAACCAGCCCUCGUCGCAGCCAUGGCCGACUCAACCGGCGAAUCCCUCAAGCGCCCAACCCGCCCCCGCCUCCUCACCUGGCUCCUGCACGAGCGCAAAUGGAAACGCGACAUCAAAACCAUGCGCGACUUCGGCGCCUCCCUCGUCCAACACCGCCGCGACAACCCCUCCGACAAAAAAGACAUGCUGCACGCCCUCAUGCACGGCACAGACCCCGAAACAGGCCGCUCCCUCACCGAAAGCCAGGUCCUCGACGAGAUAAUCAACGUCUACAUCGGCAGCGCCACCGCCCCCAACCUCGUCGCCUUCGCCCUCUACUACCUCAUGAAGAACCCAGACGAGAUCCGCAAAGCCCAAGACGAGCUCGACGCCGUCGUUGGCCCCACAGCUGACCUCGAACACACCCACCUCACCAGCCUCCCCUACGUCGAGGCCAUCCUCCGCGAAGCAUUCCGCCUAUCUGGCGUCGCGCCAGGCUUCAACAUCGAGCCCAUCCCCGAAGAGGGGAACGACGCGCCCGUCAUGCUCGCCGGCGGCGAGUACCAAGUCCCGCGCAACCAGCCCCUCAUCGCCAUCCUGGCGGCCGUGAACCGCGACCCGGCUGUCUUCGACGACCCGGACGCGUUCAAGCCUGAGCGCAUGGUCGGCGAGAAGUUCGAUGCGCUGCCUGCGGGUGUGAAGAAGGGCUUUGGGAAUGGUCAGCGCAGGUGCUUUGGGUCUCGCUAUGCGUGGGAGUGGUCGUUUUUUACGCUCGCUGCUGUGCUUAAGGAUGUGGAGUUUCAGCAGGCGGAUCCGGAGUAUGUUAUGCAUAAUGACGGGGUCAAUUAUAGUGGGGCGUUUACUGUGAAGCCUGUGGGUUUCUUUGGGAUUACGGGGCCGAGGGUGAGGCAGUAG